GCGUGCCCUCAAAACAAUAAUGUAAACAGCGCUAGUUGAGCAUGGGUUCCACUUUUACCCCAUGGUUAGGCUUACUUGCUGUCGGUGCCUUGUGGGGAGGGACCAACCCUUUCAUAAAACGAGGAUCUAAAGGGGUGCAGAAGGUUCACUCGCCAAAUAAAAUCACUCAAAUCAUUCUAGAGAUUAAAUAUCUUUUUACCCAGUGGCAGUACAUUUUGCCUUUUUUGCUGAAUCAAUGCGGAUCCGUGGUUUACUUUCUUACUUUGCAACAGACUGAUUUGUCCCUAGCAGUGCCCAUUGCGAACGCACUAACAUUUUUAUUCACGGCUCUGGUGGGCCAUCUCCUGGGAGAGGAAAAGAUUGAUAAAGAAACUCUCUGCGGCAUCACGCUGGUGGUAGUUGGUAUUUCCUUGUGCGUUUAUGGCAAGAUAUAAAAUGCAUUACUUAUAACAGGAAAAAUGCGUUUAAUCAUUUGUACAACUGAAAAUAUAUUAAUAGAAAAAUCA